AAGAAGGUUAUUAUGGAUCAAUCAGUUUCACUUCCUUGGCUUCAUUUGCUUCUAGGUCUCUCUCCCUGUGCUCUAAUUCAAUGGAUUAAAUAAAAGUGACUCAGUCUUCUGCAGGUCGUUUAGCUGCUAAUGUUUUGCUCUGAUCUUCUCCACACUCCAGUGCCGCCGGUUGUCAGGGUCCAUCACACCGAGCCGGCUGACUACGGGGUGCGGACCAUCCUCCACUGCAGCGUCUUGGGCUUCUACCCUCAGAAAGUGCAGGUGAGCUGGCUGAGGGACGGGGUGGAGGUCUCCAGCGACGUGUCGUCCACUGACGUCCUGGCCAACGAGGACUGGAGCUUCCAGGUCCACUCCUACCUGGAGCUGACACCCAGGAGGGGGGAGCGGAUGAGCUGCAGGGUGGAGCACAGCAGUCUGCCACAGAGCCUGGAGGUGGACUGGGACACCUUAGCUCUGGAUCUGAAAUGUGUGAAGGUGACAGUGGGGAUCCUCUUCUUCCUCGUGGGCCUCUGUGCAGCUGCAGGUGGAGCAGUUUACUUCUGGUGGAGGCGGAGGUUUGACUUCAGCCCAGUUGACAGACAAGGACAAACAUCGUCAUGUCUUUCAGAGUUUUAGUUUUUCUUGAACCGAGGAAAGUUGCAGUUGGAAACAAAAACUAUAUCAGUCAGGUUCAGAAUUUAUUUUAUGACUUUACUGGUCACCCUCACAUCAUUGUUCAGCUCCCAUUUAUAAACAGUUGCUGCUUCUGAUUAGAAACGAUCAUUUUAUUUAAUUUUUCUAUUUAUUUAUUUAAUGUUUUAUCUUUCUCACCAUUUUACUGUGAGCAUUGUUUUUAAAUUGUUUUUAUUGUUUCUUUUCUAACUUUUUGUCUUAUCAUCAUACGUGAAGCACUUUGAUUUGCACUAAUCUGCAGGAAAGGUUCUAUGUAAAUAAAAUUUGCACACAAUUCUCCUGACACCACGUCUCCUCUGUCCUAUGAUUAUUUUUGGUUUAAUCUCAGGUUUGUUUCUUCAUGAAAUUUCAUUUUCGCUGUAUUAUUUAAAUGACCAGAUGCUAUUCGUCUUGGUUUUGUCAUUGUCAAACUUCACCUUCUUAUUAUCAGUAAUACAUAAUUAAGUAAAAUGAACCAGCGUCAUUUUCUCAGUAAUAAAACUCUUUGUCCUUCAGUUUGUGUUUGACUCGUGUGUGGGAACGUGACAUGCUGUUACACCUCAGGGUUUUACAGCACGUUGUCAGACCUGUGACCUGUAAUACUCACUUUGGAAUA